UUACGGAAGAAUAAGCGGGCACAAUCAUAUUUGCAAACGACUACACAAAAUUUGAAAUAACUCCCGUUUAAAAUGAACCAAUUACUGCUCGACCACGUUUUAGUACAAACAAUAAUAGAUGACGCUUUUCAAUUUUGAAACCUGAAGAUUUCAAAUGUAAUUCGUCUUUUACCGCUACCAGAAUAAUUAUGGCUAAGCAAUUUAAAUCCUUACAUCCGACGAAAUUCUAUCGUGAUUACUUGAACCAGGACAUUCGACCUGACGGUCGGCUAGUUUCCAAGUUUCGUCCUGUUAUAAUCAACAUCGGCUCAAUAGCGACAGCAGACGGGUCUGCUUUAGUACGAAUUGGGAAAACUACGGUCAUCUGUGGCAUUAAAGCGGAGCUGUGUCCACCGAAACCGGAAAAACCGAAUGAAGGAUUUUUAAUCUGUAACGUCGAGUUGCCACCACUGUGCUCAUCCAAAUUUCGACCAGGUCCACCGAGCGAUUUGGCGCAGAUUACCACACGUUUCGUGGCGGAUUUAAUUUUGAAUUCGGGAUGCAUAAACUUGAAAGACUUAUGCAUAGUUAAAGAAAAAUUAGUGUGGUGUUUGUAUGCCGACAUUAUAUGUUUAGACCAUGAUGGCUGUAUAAUUGAUGCCUGUUUAUUAGUACUUUUAACGGCACUUAAAACUGUCAGAUUGCCCGUUGUCCAGUAUGAUGCUGCUAUCGAUAAAAAAACCAUUGAUGCAAGUGUAAAAAAAUGUUUAAACAUUUAUAACACACCAGUAUCGACUACAUAUGCAAUGUUUGAAGAUAAAAUUAUAACGGAUCCCACUACAGAAGAAGAGGAAAUCAGUUCCGGUCUACUAACAGUCGUGGUGAAAGAUAAAGAACUGUGUUCAAUUCAUAAACCAGGUGGCAGCCCACUAAGUGAAGAAAAAUUAUACGAAUGUAUAAAUGAAACUGUAAACCAUGCUGAUUUGUUGAUUACACUUAUUAAUACAGCCGUUUCAGAAUGUAACGAUGAUAAUAAAAACUGUUGAAUGUCCA